CACCAGUUGUGACAGCAAAACAGGAACGCAGUAUUACAAACAAGGGAGUGUCUGUCGAAGCUGAUUCCACUUCUGUUUAUCAUAUUUAAUUUGGAAACCACAUUUCGUUGUCAGAUUUAAUAUUGAAACAAUGGAGGAAUACCACUCCGGUGAAGAGGUACCCUUCAAUCCAGAUGAAGCAAGUAACCAUGUUAAAGAGUGCAUUGAAGGGAUCAUCGGGGGCAUGGACUACAACCAGAACAAAGUGAACCAAUGGACAGCAAGCAUUGUGGAACACUCUCUCACCCAGUUGGUCAAGCAAGGGAAGCCCUUCAAAUACAUAGUGAAUUGUGCUGUGAUGCAGAAGAGUGGAGCUGGUCUACACACAGCUAAUUCCUGUUACUGGGAUACAGCCACUGAUGGGAGCUGCACAGUGAGAUGGGAGAACCGCACCAUGUACUGCGUGGUCAGCGUGUUUGCUGUGGCUGUGGCUGUCUGACCAAGGAGUACAAGAAAGGGUGUAAGACCCAGUAGAAAUGUGGACUUACAUGAAAGUGGUGGAGAACAGCCAAAGCCUUUGAAGAUCUAAUGCUGAAAUCUAACAACAUGAAAUGUGUUUAAGAAAAAAAGAUAAGAAAAAAAAACCUCACUGCCACCAUGGAUUGGCUAAAAUAUUGGAACGCUUGUGGAGAGCACUGUGCAUGACUUUUCAUGCAGAGGUACUGUAUGCUACAAUAAUCAUUGUCUGUAUAGUACUGAGGUCAGUGCCGUAUACAGUGUUUGCUUUUCCCAGAGAAAAUGGAUACCUGGCAAAACAUGACCAGAUAAGGAAAUUAUUCUCUGCAACUUUUUUUAUUUCAUUCUAAACUAGUUUAUGAAAUAUAGCUAAAACAUUAAAUAACUAAACCAUAGAAAGUCAUUUAGCGGUAAAAAAAGCCUGUUUUUGGACUGAAAUGAGAGAAGUAAUUUGUGUAUUUUAUUCUUUAUGAUGCUGAAGAAUGAAUUGACUAAAUAGAACAGUAUGAGUGUGAUUUAUUAUUUCUUUGGUUUAAUUCCUCCCAUGGGUCGGAAGGGUUGUUUAAGAAAAUAUUUGCUUGCAUGGAAGAACUGUUUGUGUGUGUUUUUAACCACAGUUGAGAGAAUGUGCUUAGUACAGUUGGAACAAGUCGGAGGUUUACGUACACCUUAGACAAAUCCAUUUAAACUCAGUUUUUCACAAUUCCUGAUAUUUAAUCCUAGUAAACAUUCCCUGUCUUAGGUCAGUUAGGAUCACAAUUUAAGAAUGUGAAAUGUCAAAAUAAUAGUAGAGAGAAUUAUUUAUUUCAAAUUGUAUUUCUUUCAUCACAUUCCCGGUGGGUCAGAAGUUUACAUACACUCUUAUUAUUUGGUAGCAUUACCUUUAUAUCUUUUAAUUUGGGUCAAACAUUUCGGGUAGCCUUCCACAGGGCUGGACUUUUGGCCCAUUCCGUCUGACCAAGCUGCUGUAACUGAGUCAGGUUUGUCAGCCUCCGUGCACACGCUUCUUUAGUUCUGCCAACAAAUUGUUGAUUAGAUUGAGGUCAGGACUUUGUGAUGGCCACUCCCAAUACCUUGACUUUGUUGUCCUUAAACCAUUUUGCCACAACUUUGGAAGUAAGCUUUGGGUCAUUGUCCAUUUGGAAUAGCCAUUUGCGUCCAAGCUUUAACUUCCUGGCCGAUGUCUUGAGAUGUUGCUUCAAUAUAUCCUCAUAAUGCCAUCUAUUUUAUGAAGUGCACCAGUUCUUCCUGCUGCAAAGCAACCCCACAAGAUGAUGCUGCCACCCCCGUGCACAGUCAACUUAUUGUAUGAACUUCUGACCCACUGGAUUGUAAUAACGUGAAUUAAAAGCUAAAUAAUAGUGUGAAUAGUCUGUAAACAAUUGUUGUUGGAAAAAUUACUUGUGUCAUGCGCAAAGUAGAUGUUCUUGCCAACACUAUAGUUUUCUAACAUGAAAUCUGGAGUGAUUAAAAAUGAGUUUAAUGACUACAACCUAAGUGUAUGUAAACUUCCGACUCUGUACAUAGAGAAUUGGUUCAAGAAGCCCUGUCUGUCCUGUCACAAGGUUCUUGUUUGGCCUUCUGACAGGAUUGUUGUAGAUUCAAUGAUCAUUUCAAAAACCAUCUGACACGAGUUCACCUGUUCCUUUAAAAAUAUUUAUGGUGCUAAUUUUAAGGUGCAAUGUUAAAAAAAACUGUAAAAUAUUUUCCUGAUAAUUUAUUGUUAUUUUAAAGAGAGUGGUUGGCAGUAAUAAAACAAGAUUGAGCUUCAUAAAACAGAUAAAAUGAUAGCAUUGUGCUUGUAUUGUGAAUCAAGGAAUAACUGAAAGACUGGUUGACAUGAAACAUAUACACUCAGUGAACACUUCAUUAUGUAUUUAUUAAACUUAUUUGACUUUGGCUACUGUAGCCUAUCCUCUUAGAGGUUUGAUCUGUUGUGUGUUUCGAGAUGCUAAUCUGCAUACCACUGUUGUAAUGUGUGGUUAUUUGCGUUACUGUCACCUUCCUCUCAGCUUUAACCAGUCUGGCCAUUGUCCUCGGACAGCUCUCAUUUACAAUGCGUUUCUGCCUGCAGAACUGCUGCUCAUUAGAUGUUUUUAGAUUUCCAUUCUCUGCAAACUCUAGAGACAGUUGUGUGUGAAGAUCCCAGGAGAUCAGCAGUUUCUGAGAUAACCCUGUCUGGCACCAACAAUCAUUCCAUGGUCGAAGUCACUUAGAUCCCAUUUUUUCUCCAUUUUGAUGGUUGAUGUGAACAUUAACUGAAGCUCCUGACCCGUAUCUGCAUGAUUCUAUGCAUUGCACAGCUACCACACAAUUGGAUGAUUAGAUAAUCGCAUGAAUAAUUAGGUGUACAGGUAUUUCUAAUAAAGUGCUCAGAGACUUAAUAAUCUAGGCCUAAUUUAUAUUUGGUAAUUGCACAUUAGCGUACACAUUCCCCCAUCUGCUGUUCAAACUUACUACUGAAUGGAUAUUCUUAAAAUAAGUUUAUUUUUAUUUCAUGAAUGAUUGCUAGUAUUGUGUUUGUGGUUAAAAACAGAACUCUCAAUCAGCGGUCCAUGUACAGGUGGGCAGUUUUAUUUUAAUAGAGUGACCCACCCUUGACUGGUAAAGCCUUCGAUAUCUAAUCUGUCUGACUUUCAGAAAGGCAGCAUUUAUAGAACUGCAUGCACACACAAACAGGGAUGUCCAUUGUUUGGUAUGGAAAGUCUGAAUAUUUCCGGCGAACUGCCUUGUACAGUGUUGAAAUGUAACGUACGAUUGUGUUGCCUCAGAGUGACAAUUGAUUGUGUUAUAACAGAUGAGCAUGUCUUGAACAGGGGGAGAUUUGUUUGUGAUGUGCUGAGCUGCAGUUGUGCAGAAUGUGCGGUCAGUCUGGGUUGGUUCCUGGCCGGGUGGUCUGCCUUGUGUUGCACCACGAAAGGCCAAAGACCAGAGCAGGGAAAUACUCCAGUGCUGUAAAUAAACAUUAUUAAUCUCUUCUCUCA